AUGCGCACCUUACUCUUGUUCUCUUCUAUUCUCAUCGUUUUGUGCUCGUUUAAUGGCGCUAAUGGAAUAUUCCUUUACGGCAUGUCCUCAGGUCCUUUGCCAUGCACAUUAAAGAAUGGUGAAAUCUACCUUGGUAAUCUACCAUGGCGGACGCUUGAAGAAAACGAGAAAGAGGAAGGAGAGGCAUACCAGAAACGACUUGAGGAUUGCCACAAGAAGAACGAUUUUUCGGCAAAUUGCACUCAACCACCAGCAUUCUGUGGAGGAUCUAGUCUGAAGAUGUACACAUUCCCUCAGUGCAUUAUUUUGGGUCAAAAACUAUAUAAGAAAGAGAAAUUCGUACGUGAGCUGACGGAUGCCGAUAAAGCAGAGUUGAACCGUUUCAAUGAGAACGUCGAGAAGUUCAAGACGAAGGAGGCAGAGUUCGAGAAGAAGGUGGCCGCGGAACCACCCAGAAAGAUCCAGCCUCCACUUCUCCUUGGAGUUCUACGACCUGGUGCACCAGUACCACCUCAACCGCCUAAGUUCUGCUUCGAAAAAGAGUUCGACUGA